AUGGAUCACCAUGUGACGACGACAUCAUGUGACGUGACGGACCCUCCCAUUUCGGAGGAAGGGCAGGACCGAGACAACACCAUCAAGGUGGCGAUCUGUGGCAAGCCCAACAGCGGCAAGUCCUCGCUGUUCAAUGCCUUGGUUGGGGAGGAUCGCAGCAUUGUGAGCCACAUCGAGGGUAGCACCACAGAUGCAGUGGAUGCUUAUUUGGAGGCCUACAACGGGAGACGUGGUCUGCAAUUUGAAGACCGGAGGAACUCCCUCCACCGAACCAUGAAACAUGCAAGUUGGCUGGUUUUGCCAAUCCAGCUCAGGCCAAUGUGCUAA